ACGGAAAGUUAAAUAAUAAAGGGGGAGCCACAUCAUGUGCCCGUUCUCUCUCUCAGCUCCUUUCGUCGGUACUUUCCUCAAAGAGGAGAUUCCGUCCCGUAACGGCUCAACUCAAGCAUGGGAUAUGAUUAUCCAUUAAUUAUAGCCGUUAGGGCAGUAGCUAGCAGAAUCCUAGUACAGCAUACGAUGAUGAUGGUGAUGAUGAUGCCUAAACUGACGACUCUCUCUCUCUCGCUUCUGCUCUUGUCCUUCAUUUCAGGGAGUACUUUGACUUUGGGAAAUGAACAGAAAACUUGGUGUGUGGCCAAGCCAUCGUCUGACCAGGCAACUCUUUUAGGAAACAUAAAUUAUGCAUGCUCUCAGUCUCAGGUGGACUGCCGGAUUUUACAAAGAGGUUGCCCUUGCUUCUCUCCUGACAACCUAAUAAACCAUGCCUCCAUAGCCAUGAACCUCUACUAUCAGUCAAAGGGAAGGAACCACUGGAAUUGUGAUUUCAGGGGUUCUGCUCUCAUUGUCGUCACUGAUCCAAGUUAUGCCAACUGCAUUUAUGCAUAAUGGUCUAAGGAAUAAGAAAGUUGAUGGGUUACCCUGGAAAGCCAAGCUUAUGACUAGUUUUGAUUGUUUCCUGAAAUUAGCUUGUAAUUAUCUACGAGUAGCCACGUAGAUAUUAAAUAUAUAUAUUGCAGCAGAGAAUCAGCAAAACUGUUUAACAUUUUAAUUUAGGCCUGUUUCCACUGAAAAUGUUUUUCCUUUUUUUUUAAA